AUGACACAUCUUUGUAUGAAGUUAGAUCAGCUAGACAAGCAUUGGCAGACAAUGUUGACUUUUUGGGUAAGCCACCGAAGCGUUUUUACGAGGCGUUGGCCCACAUAUGCUACAGACGAAAAAGAAAAAGCAGCAUUAGAGAAGUUGGCUAGUGGAGAAGGUGCAGAAGAACUAAAGAAAAGACAGGAAGUUGAUUUCUCUAGUUAUGUCGACAUUUUAGAGGAGUUUAAAUCGGCGCGUCCAUCCUUUAGUGAAUUGGUUAGAAUCAUUGCACCAUUGAAGAGAAGAGAGUAUUCUAUUGCUUCUUCUCAGAAAAUGCAUCCUAAUGCAGUGCAUUUAUUGAUUGUUGUUGUGGACUGGGUCGACUCCAAGGGUAGGACCAGAUAUGGUCAUUGCUCGAAGUACUUGUCGGACUUGAAGAUUGGUGAUGAAUUGGUGGUCAGUGUAAAGCCAAGUGUCAUGAAAUUGCCUAAGUUGCCAGAGCAGCCAAUUGUAAUGUCUGGUUUGGGUACAGGUUUGGCUCCGUUCAAGGCUUUCAUUGAGGAAAAGAUUUGGCAACAAAGCCAGGGCCAUAAGAUUGGUGAGAUCUACUUGUACAUGGGUUCCAGACAUAGAAAGGAGGAGUAUCUUUACGGUGAGUUGUGGGAAGCGUAUAAAGCGGCUGGUAUUUUGACUCAUAUUGGAGCAGCUUUCUCGCGUGAUCAACCCCAGAAGAUCUACAUUCAAGAUAAGAUUAGAAGCUCCAUUGAAGAGUUGACUGAUGCCAUUGUUACCAAGAAUGGUUCUUUCUACUUGUGUGGUCCUACUUGGCCUGUUCCAGAUAUCACCGCUUGUUUGCAGGACAUUGUCCAGAACGGAGCUAAGAGAGAAGGCAAAGAAAUCAAGGACGUCGCUAAGGUUGUUGAAGACAUGAAGGAAGAAGGACGCUACAUUUUGGAGGUUUACUAG